AUGGCUGUCCGUCUUCAGUAUGAAAACAGCAACGACAUCGGCGUCUUCGCUAAUCUGACCAAUUCCUAUUGCAUAACUGCCCUCGGAGGCUCUGAGAACUUUUACAGCGUUUUCCAGAGUGAACUUGCUUCCGACAUACCCGUGGUGAAGACAAGUAUCGCAGGCACUCGUCUUGUGGGACGCAUGUCAGUAGGUAACAAAAACGGGCUCCUCUUGCCAAAUUCAGUAACGGAUCAAGAACUACUUCACAUGAGAAAUUCACUGCCUGAUGAUCUCAUCAUACAGCGUGUAGAUGAGCGGCUAUCAGCUCUUGGAAACUGCAUCGCCUGCAACGAUUACGUUGCGCUGAUCCACCCUGAUUUGGAUGAAGAAACUGAGGAGAUCGUGGCGGACGUGCUUGGUGUUGAGGUGUUUCGACAGACAAUCGCUGGGAACACACUGGUCGGAAGUUAUUGCUGCUUCACAAAUCAAGGGGGCGUGGUGCAUCCGCAGACUACAAUCCAAGACCUAGAUGAACUUUCUUCGCUUCUUCAGGUGCCACUUGUGGCAGGAACCAUGAACCGUGGUAGUGACGUUAUUUCCGCGGGACUCAUAGCAAAUGAUUGGGCCGCCUUUUGUGGGUUGGAUACGACCUCCACAGAACUCCAGGUUGUUGAGAACAUUUUAAAGUUGAAACAACUGCAGCCAAGCUCUUUGGUCACGAAUUUACGAGCAAGUCUGGUGGAUGCGUUGGUCUAA